AUGCAUGUCGAAUCUAUCCCCAUGUGGGAGGGCAGUGGUAACAACUACGCAUAUCUUGUGACUGACGAGAAGAGCAAAGAUGCCGUGAUUAUUGAUCCUGCCAAUCCAUCAGAAGUCUUGCCCUCGUUGAAGAAGGCAGUGGACAGUGGCAUCAAGAUCACGAACAUCAUCAACACUCAUCAUCAUCACGAUCAUGCUGGCGGCAAUUCUAAGAUUCUUGAGGCGUACCGUGUCCCAAUCAUUGGUGGCAAGGACUGCGAUAAAGUGACAAAGACGCCGGAGCAUGGCUCGACCUUCACAAUUGGCGACAACAUCAAGGUCAAAGCGCUACAUACGCCAUGCCAUACCCAAGACAGCAUCUGCUUUCUGUUUGAGGAUGGGAACGACAAGGCCGUCUUCACAGGCGAUACCCUGUUCAUUGGAGGAUGUGGUCGAUUCUUCGAAGGUACACCGGAAGAGAUGGAUAAGGCGUUGAACCAGACGCUUGCUGGCCUACCUGACGACACCAAGGUCUACCCCGGGCACGAGUACACCAAAGGUAAUGUCAAGUUUGCCGUGACAGUUGCGCAGAGCGAGCCGAUCAAGAAGCUCGAGGCAUUCGCCGGUUCGAACAAGCAGACGCAGGGGAAGUUCACCAUUGGUGACGAGAAGCAACACAAUGUUUUCAUGAGACUAGAUGAUCCUACUGUGCAGAAGUACACUGGCAAGACAGACAGGGUAGAUGUCAUGGCUGCUCUACGCGAGGCGAAGAACUCGAUGUAA